AUGGAGGAGGUGGAUCAGUAUCAACAGGAAGGUGGCAGUCAAGCCUUGAACCGGGGCAUUGCGGCUGUGAAAGAAGAUGCUGUCGAGAUGCUAGCCAGCUAUGGGCUGGCGUACUCCUUGAUGAAGUUCUUCACAGGACCCAUGAGUGACUUCAAAAAUGUGGGCCUGGUGUUUGUGAACAGCAAGCGAGACAGGACCAAAGCCGUCCUGUGUAUGGUGGUGGCUGGUGCCAUAGCAGCUGUCUUCCACACCCUGAUAGCUUACAGUGACUUGGGCUACUACAUCAUCAAUAAACUGCACCAUGUGGACGAGUCCGUGGGGAGCAAAACGCGAAGGGCCUUCCUGUAUCUCGCCGCCUUCCCAUUCAUGGAUGCCAUGGCUUGGACCCAUGCUGGCAUUCUCUUGAAACACAAAUACAGUUUCCUGGUGGGAUGUGCCUCAAUCUCAGAUGUCAUAGCUCAGGUUGUUUUCGUAGCCAUUUUACUUCACAGUCACCUGGAAUGCCGCGAGCCCCUGCUCAUCCCCAUCCUCUCCCUGUACAUGGGUGCGCUCGUGCGCUGCACCACCCUCUGCCUGGGCUACUACAGGAACAUCCACGACAUCAUCCCCGACAGAAGUGGACCGGAGCUGGGGGGAGAUGCAACGAUAAGGAAGAUGCUGAGCUUCUGGUGGCCUUUGGCUCUGAUUCUCGCCACGCAGAGAAUCAGCCGGCCUAUCGUCAACCUCUUCGUCUCCCGGGACCUGGGUGGCAGCUCAGCGGCUACAGAGGCAGUGGCCAUUCUGACGGCCACGUACCCCGUGGGUCACAUGCCGUACGGCUGGCUGACAGAAAUCCGGGCUGUCUAUCCUGCUUUUGACAAGAAUAACCCCAGCAAUAAACUGGCGAGCACAAGCAACACGGUCACGGCGGCCCACAUCAAGAAGUUCACGUUUGUCUGCAUGGCCCUGUCCCUGACGCUCUGCUUUGUGAUGUUUUGGACCCCCAACGUCUCUGAGAAGAUUUUGAUAGACAUCAUUGGUGUGGACUUUGCCUUUGCUGAGCUGUGUGUUGUUCCCCUGCGAAUCUUCUCCUUCUUCCCUGUGCCAGUCACUGUGCGGGCACAUCUCACCGGCUGGCUGAUGACACUGAAGAAAACCUUUGUCCUGGCGCCCAGCUCGGUCCUGCGCAUCAUCGUCCUCAUCACCAGCCUGGUGGUCCUUCCCUACCUAGGGGUUCACGGAGCCACACUGGGCGUGGGCUCCCUCCUUGCAGGCUUUGUUGGGGAAUCCACCAUGGUCGCCAUCGCAGCAUGCUACGUCUACCGGAAACAGAAAAAGAAGAUGGAGAAUGAGUCGGCCACAGAGGGGGAAGACUCCGCCAUGACAGACAUGCCCCCGACAGAGGAGGUGACAGACAUCGUGGAGAUGAGGGAGGGGAACGAGUAAGGCGCGGGACACCGCGGGCGCUGCCCGGACCUGGGGACCUCUCAAUCUCCUCUCCCGUUGUGUUCGGUUCACUUGUUUUUUUCUUCUUCUCCUUUUCUCGUUUUGGUAAUGAAAGAGGCCUUGAUUUAAAGGUUUCGUGUACAUCCUCUAGCAUACUGGGUAUGCUCACGCCGAGGUGGGGACCUGCACAAAGGUCUUUACUGUUACUUUGUAAACACAAAACCAUGGACUCUGUACCCCUGCUUCAUGAACACCCCUAAGACAUGGCUGCCUCCUGGUUGACAUUUCUUCUCCUCCCUGGGACAAUCUCCACUUGGAACCAAAGGACUGUACCAUCGCCCCUUCCUCUCUCCACAGGCUACCAGGCCUGGCAGGCCACAGACUCAUUCCUGACCCCGAUUGCCUCUCAGAAAUCAGCAGGUUAAAGCUCAGCCCCCUUUGACUCGCCUCCCAGUACCAUGGCCGUGGGCACAGGUGUGCACCGCGGCCGGUUACGCCCUUCUCCCCUGCACACACUGCACACAUUGGAGGUGGGCGGCAGGCCGCAGCCCAGAGCACCAUUCGCCCGGAGGAGCAGAUGUGUGACCCUGCAGGGCUGACGUGUACAAGGCAUUGGAGUAGCACGCUGACGUGAUCAACAGCAGCGGCUCACUUCGCCUUUGCCGCGCUGUCAGUGAGCUGCUGCCACCCCACCGUGUAUAUACGUGAGCUAACGUAGAGUUGUCACAAAGCGCAUCUCCAGAUGUCAGCCGGCAUCCUUCCGCAUGCCUUUCCCCCCAAAGCUUGCUUUCACUCACUUUCCUGAAGAUGGCACUAGAGCGAGUUCAGUGGAGCAGUCUAACUCUCCGUGUUUAGUCUUUACAGUGAAUCUAGCAUCUAAUGCCAGGUGAUUGUUUCAUAACUCCUGAAGUAGCUUGCCUGGUUUUUGCCAUUCCCAGUCACAACUCUGCGGUACAGGAAAUUUGGAGUGUACUCCGGUACCUCUCUCUCACACACCACAAAGCAAGACAUUUUAUACCAGGUGUCCCCCAAGCGAUGCAUCGGAAAUCCAUUUAGUGCAGUCUAUUUUUCUAAGUUUUGGAAAGCGGGUUUUUUUUCCUUUAAAAAUUAUGGACAUAUUCACUAAAUUCUUGAUUUAGUCAAAAAUAACUAGACUGAAAGAACCUAAACAAAACAAAUAUUUUAAAGAUAUAAAUAUAUGCUGUAUAUGUUAUGUAAUUUAUUUUAGGCUAUAAUACAUUUCCUAUUUUCGCAUUUUCAAUAAAACGUCUCUAAUACAA